AUGGAGAACAUCACUGUAGUGAAUGAGUUUCUUUUGCUGGGACUGACCCAGGUUCAGGAGCUACAGCCUGUAAUAUUUAUGAUUUUCCUGAUUAUAUACAUGGUAAACCUGUUUGGAAAUGCAGCCAUAUUAGUGGUCAUCAUCUCAGAGCCGAGACUCCACUCCCCUAUGUAUUUCUUCCUGGGAAAUCUUUCUUGUCUGGAUAUUUGUUAUUCUUCAGUGACAAUGCCCAAGCUAAUGUGGAACCUCCUCUCCUCUCACAGGGUCAUCUCUUUCCUAGGCUGUAUCACUCAGCUGCACUUCUUCCACUUUCUUGGCUGCACUGAAGCCAUCUUGCUAACCAUCAUGGGAUUUGAUCGAUUUGUGGCCAUCUGCAACCCACUUCGCUACACUGUCAUCAUGAACCCCCAGCUGUGUGUCCUGUUGGCAGCUGGGCCCUGGUUUAUUAGCUUCUUCUAUGCUCUGAUGCAUUCCAUCCUCACCGCACGCCUGAACUUUUGCCAUUUUCAGAAACUCAAUCACUUCUUCUGUGAUGUCAAGCCUCUCUUGGAACUGGCUUGUGGUGAUGUAAGUCUCAAUAAGUGGCUCAUUUUCACUGUUACUUGUGGCUUAGCCAUGGUGGCUUUCUUCCUCACUCUCCUCUCCUAUUUCUAUAUAAUUGGCUUUCUUCUGUUGAAGCACCGGUCUUGCAGUGCACUCCACAAGGCUCUGUCCACUUGUGCCUCCCAUUUUAUGGUUGUAUUUCUCUUUUAUGGAACCGUGGGGCUCACUUAUAUCCCUCCUUCCUCUGCUGCAUCUGUAAUACCAGAACGAUUUAUAGCUGUCAUAUACACCACUGUCACUCCAGUGCUGAAUCCACUGAUAUAUACCUUUAGGAAUAAGGAAGUGAUGUUCGCUCUGAGCAGAGUUUUUAGGAGGAAGCUGAAACUGUUAUCUUGA